GUGAAGGGCUGCUCUUCAGCAGCCAAUGGCGGCGCACCGGAUGCGAGAUAUCCGCUGCAACAACAAGUACUCUGUUCCCCCACCACCACCACCACCCCUACCCCUCCUUCAGCUUGACGCCAUGUACAGCCCAAAUCCCGACCUCCUCUCCGGAAAGAAAGCGCGAGGAGAAAAACAACAAGUCUCGAGAAAAAGUAAACCGUCGGAGUCUGUCGGAUAAAAAAAAAAAAAAAAACAAUUUAAAAAGUUUUUUCCCUCUUUUUUUUCUUCUCGCGGAGGGAUUUUUGAAUCGGCAGCGGUGCAAAGUUUUCCUCCUUUUCCUUUCGUUUUUUUUAUUUUAUCUUUUGGGUCUUUUUUGUUUUUGUUUCGUUCUUGCGUAAAAAAAAACACGCGAUAUUGAGCUGCGUUUUCGUGAAGAAAAUGCGGCGGGAACGUAUUUCGAUGGAUUUUACCGACGGCUCUCCGGACUGCAGCGCUCGAGCGGCGGCGUCGAACCCCAACUGAAGUGACCUUAAAGGGAGCGAAAAGUGCAGGAAGCUCGGACUUCAGAUGUGUCCCCUGCCAGCCGCGGAGCCCCUUCAGUCCCAACAUGGAUUCCAUAAGUCAGAACGACAGCGAUGGGGGAGGAGGGCGCCGCGAGUUGGAGAGCACGCCGGGUGACACCGGUAGAGGCCAGGUGCAGAGCGUCGCUGCCUCGCCAGACUCGAUGCGUUCUCAAACUGUGCUAUCUCUGGAUCAGAUCAGGGUAACCAGGAGCAGUAAUGACUACACCGAUGGACCGUCUGCUGCUCAGCAGCGCCAACAGAAGAGCGACUUUGUUCCGCCACCGGGUUCAAGGACGGGCGAGCAGCAGGAGAUCCAGGAAGAGAGGUCUCAAAACCACCGCAACCUCCAUUCCUUGACGCGUCACGGAGACGGAGAUGGUUCGGUCUCCUCUGCGGAGGAAUUUCAGGGCAGCAGUAGGACCAGCAUGGGAAGCACUUCUUCGGCUCACAGACUGAACGGUCAAGGCGGCGUGGAACCGAUAAUCAGAAUCCAGCCCAAACGCUCCUCCAAGCUGAACCAGGACGAGCUGAAGCCCUUACAAAGCGGGUUCACAGAGGUGGUGACCGUACCUGGCAACGCAACCUCUAAACCCAAAGGCAUACACUCCAGCAAAUGCACACACUGCGGUCGGUGCACGUGCCCCGAGUGCACCCGCCCAAGGAUGCUCCCAUCCUGCUGGAUGUGCGGGCGGCGGUGCGUGUGCUCGGCGAGGAGCGCGGUUGAGCACUGGACAUGCGUUUGCUGCGUCAAGGCGCUUUUCUACCACUGCUCCAGCGAUGACGAAGACACGUGUGCGGAUAAGCCCUUCUCGUGUACGCAGUCGCACUGCUGCGUCCGGUGGACCGCCGUAUCGCUCCUCUCCUUGUUCUUCCCGUGCCUGCUGUGCUACCUCCCGGCCAAAGGGUGCGUAGCCGUGUGCCAGAGCUGCUACGACCGAGGCGCCCGACCUGGCUGUCGCUGCGAAGACUCCGCCGCUUUGAGCCAACGGAGACAAAGCUGUUGAUGGACCGACUCAAGACUGACUGAACCAACGUAGAGAUUAGAGCCAUCUAACGAAAUUCAUUCUUCGCCCCUGAAUUGGGAGUUUUACCUUCGAACCAAAGGGGCUGGGAACUCUUCUAGUGUCCUCAAAAGUAUCUCCGUCUCACCCAAGUGCCCCCAUUAGUGACGUUGCUAAUGAAGUCCAAACUGAUGGCCUUGUUGUUGUUGUUUUUUUUUAACACUUAAUACGUUGUGUUUGCCAAGAGCAGACUCCUGUUACUAACUGUUUGUAAAGUAGGACAUUAGAAGCUGACUGGGACAGAUGCUUUUAUUUUUGUACAUACAGGAAAACUUCAACUGUGAAGACUGCCCCAAAGAGGCAGAGCCACGUUUCUAGAAAUCAGUCACUCGAUGCUCUUACAGUCACUGGAGUCUACGUCAAUCUUUUUUUUUUUUUGCCCUUUCUGGUGUAAAUUGUACAGCGAAAAAUUUAUUUUCUAAUUCCGACAUUGCCUAGUGUAAAGUUAAAAAUAUAUAUUUAUUUGAAGGUUUUAUUAUUUUAUAAUGGAAAAAAAAAUAUUUAUUUUGGAGAGAAAAAAGUCCCCUCUUGUGGGGCUCCUCAGCAGACAGGAGUCUCAAAGACGGAUGAAUAGCUCACUAUGGAUUAGACAACAAAUAUAUUAACGUUUGAAAUUAAACAGCCUUGAAGUCUGACUUCUUUUUUUUGUGGUUUUUCAUUGAGAACAAAAGCUUUGUUUGUGUUUGUAGACGGUUGUUUACAGAGAUGGGGAAGGAAGUGAGGGCAUGUUCGUGCUCACGCCUGGCACUUCCUCAGGAACAUCUGUGCUCAGGAAUGUUGUCACCUUUUUUUUAUUAUUUUGUUUUUACAAAUCAAGCACUCCACCUGUGUUUGUGCCUCACGUAAGCCUGCUAUUACACUCUGGCCUGGCUUCAGCUUCAUUUCAAUCAGGCACACUGGGUCCUAUUAUUUUCUAUACCGCCUUUUUUUUAUUUUUUUUUAUUUAAUCAAAGGUUUGUUCAGGAAUUCCUGGGUUUUGAGUGUCCCUGCAGGCGAAACAUAAGCCUGAAACAUGAGGCUCCUGACACUUGUUGACAGCAUACGGACGUGUUUGCAGCGCGGUAUGCAUUCAGAGUUCUGAUUGACAAGUCGAGGCCCAACCUGCUCUCACUUGUUUGUUAUCCAUCUCCAGCCUCUGGCUUGAUGGUGUGUGUGUGUGUGUGUGUUUGUAGUGGAGGGGGGGUUGUUUUACGUAAUUAUCAACUUUCACCUAUUUAGCGAAAGGUGGUCGAGGCGAUGGAAACAUAACGGGCAGAAUCCCAUUAGGAAACAGAAUAGGCAGGGUUGAUCUGCUGUUUGGUCUUAAUCUUUGCAGUCGCAGGCUUCCUCUCCACCUCCAUUGUGCCAGCCAUGAAUGAAGAGGGGAAGGCCGAGCGACGAAGAGAGAGAGAGAGAGGGGGUCAGGUUUGUUAGGAAGAUAGACCGCAAAGGGUUAAAAGCAUCACUUUGAAUGACAAAGCCCUAACAGUUUACCCCUGUAUUCAGCCCGGCGUGCAUUCAUCCUGUUCUCAAUAGUCGAGGUUUUUUUUUUUGUUUAGUUUUUUUGGCUCCUCUCAGCUACCUGCUCCUACUUGGUAUUCUCAUAGGUCAUCUUGAUGGUGCCUAGUUCUGCAUUCUAAAAGAAAGUUAAUAUAAUAAAUAUGUCCACC